CGGGUCUGCCUUGUGUCCGCCCGUCUGUGUGUAGCGAUCAGGAGGACGGGCUAACCGGGCCGUCUGUCUGGCCCUUCGACACGCGGUGCGUCGACAGGCUGGCCGACGACGAGCUUAGCGGCGCGGUUUCAGCACGAUAUUGCUGAGCCGCACGUCGUCGCCGCUGAGACUGGCGAGAACGAACUCGGAGACACCGCUCUCUCGGAGGCCGCGAGAACGAAGAAAGGACCGGAGGUGAGGCAACCCCUGGCUGGGACCAUCCGCGAAACCUGCAGAUUUGAUCGAAAGAUAGAGAAGAGGAGGAGGAGAAGGAGGAGGAGGAGGACCCCAGGCCGACACGAUGCGGCCCAGGGCCGCGGCGACGUCGAGAAUCAUCGGUGACGCGAAUCACGGCAUCUCGCGGCCUGUCCCGCUUGUCCUGCGAGUCACCUGCGUCCUUGCCCUACUGGUGCACGCCGCCACGUGGAUACCGAUCGCCGAGGCUGUGAUCUGCAGAGACUCGUACAAAUGCGAUUGUAAGGGAAUAAAAGGGCAGCCAGGAUUUCCUGGGAUACCUGGGCCUCAAGGAACGGAAGGACUCCCAGGUGAUAUCGGACCUGACGGACCUCCCGGACCCAAAGGCGAGAAAGGAGCAGCAGGAGAAUAUGGAGCCACCGGAGAGAAGGGCUACCGAGGCGACGAUGGUAUACAAGGAUUUAUGGGAGCCGCAGGACUUUCCGGUAAUCCUGGUGUAUCCGGUGUGAUGGGUCCAGAUGGACUGGACGGAUGCAACGGAACCGAUGGUCGUGCUGGUGCACCCGGUAUACCCGGAGUUUUCGGGCCUCGUGGUGUACCAGGUCCCUCGGGCGAUUAUGGUUUCCCGGGAGAGCCGGGUGAUGGAGGUAUAAAUUCGGUCGGUGCCAAAGGAAUUCGCGGUAAUCCCGGUAUCGAUGGUUUGGAGGGUUAUCGAGGACAGCAGGGGCUCACCGGCGAGAUGGGUUAUCCAGGAGACACAGGCGACUUUGGUUUACCAGGUUCACCUGGCUUGCCAGGUAUGCAAGGUGAACGCGGUGACACAGUGUACGGUGUGAAAGGUCAACUUGGCGAACAAGGAGACAGGGGAGAGUCUGGAUCACCAGGUAAAGAUGAGUACAAGAAGACGGAACAUUCGUUGCCUGUGAAAGGACCGCAGGGUGCAAAAGGCAUGAAGGGUUUCUAUGGUGAUCGAGGUCGCAAGGGAGAAUUUGGCGCCAAAGGUCCACAGGGUCGACCAGGAUUCUUGGGUAUCAAAGGUAUAAAAGGUGAACAAGGUGAUGAUGGACCAAGAGGUAAACAGGGUGUCGGGGGUCCGCCAGGUCCGGCUGGUGAAAAGGGAGAGAAGGGAGCUCCAGGAUUUGCUGGAAUGCCUGGUCCGGAUGGAGAUGAUGGAGAACCAGGGGAAGAAGGAAAUCGUGGUCCACCUGGUAGACAAGGAGCUGAAGGAGAACCUGGACAAUACAUUCCAGAACUUGAUGAGAUAAUCGCUGGAAAUAUCGGGAUCCAAGGAGAUCUUGGUCCCCCAGGCGAAUCAGGCGAAACAGGAACACCGGGUUUGCCAGGAAAGGUCGGCUUCAUAGGACCGCCAGGACCACCAGGACUUCCAGGUAACCCUGGUUUCGCAGGAGCGAAAGGCUCGUCUAUAAAAGGAGAACAAGGAGAUGAUGGCUUACCAGGACCUGUGGGACCUCAAGGAUCUUCCGGAUUACCCGGCUUACCCGGAAUUAUGGGUGCCAAAGGAUUUCCGGGAGUAACGAUAACUGGACCGCCGGGACCAGAUGGCAAUCCAGGUCUUCCAGGAUUAUCAGGCCCGCCUGGCGAUCGCGGUGAUCCUGGUCCUCCAGGAGAAAAAGGUUUUCCUGGAAAAGGAAUAAGAAUUCGUGGCCCACCUGGAGAACGUGGUCUACCUGGAACACCUGGUAUUUCUGGUCCUGACGGCUGGCCUGGCUUUACCGGCCCUAAGGGUGCCAAAGGUAUUCGAGGAGAUGACUGUGGCGUAUGUGCCCCAGGUUUGCCUGGUGAGAAAGGACAACGUGGUGAAUCUGGUUUGGAUGGAUAUCCUGGAACUACGGGAUUUUCUGGACUACCCGGUCCUCGAGGAUUGAAGGGAGUACUAGGAAAGCGAGGUCUGCCAGGACCAGCGGGGCUUGAGGGUGAUAGUGGAAGACCCGGUAUUGCGGGAGUUCAAGGACCCAAAGGAGAACAAGGAAAGAUAUUCUUCCCACCAGGUGAGAUUAUUGUAAGUCCACCGGGUGACUUCGGUGAGAAAGGCUUACCUGGCCCCGAAGGAAUCAGAGGUCUACGAGGACAACCAGGACCUAUUGGCGACACUGGUGUACCGGGACCUAAAGGAGAUAAGGGUGAACAUGGUUUUCCUGGAUUAUCGGGAAAAGACGGUUUGCCAGGAUGGGAUGGUAUUCCUGGCGAAAAGGGUGAAGAUGCUUCGAUACCAAUCGAAUUCUUACGCGGAGAUCCAGGAUAUCCGGGAGAAGAAGGAAUCAAAGGAAUACAAGGAGAUAAGGGUAAUAAAGGAGAACCUGGUGUGUCUGCAGAAUAUAUCGCAGAUAGUCAAGGUGACAAGGGCUACAAAGGUGCUAGAGGAGCUCCUGGCGAGAAUGGUUUCAAAGGUUUCGAAGGACGUCCUGGCGAUGAAGGUCUACUAGGAUUGCCUGGUGAGCCAGGUUCUCCAGGAAUUUCGCUUCAAGGUUCUGUAGGUUUGAAAGGAUACCCCGGAAUGCCAGGAGACCAGGGACUUCGGGGCACGCCAGGCUCACCUGGAUUACAGGGGCCAGUAGGUUUUCCGGGUCGCAUCAGCAAUAAAGGUGAACGAGGAGAACCAGGAUCAAAUUUAACAUAUGGUGAAAUUGGGGAACGCGGGUGGUACGGUCCAAAAGGUGAUUUUGGUGAUGCUGGUCCACAAGGAUUACGCGGUCGAUUGGGAGAAGAUGGUGUGAAGGGUAUCAAGGGUGCUAAAGGAGCACCUGGUUACGAAGGAUUGUCUGGACUUGAAGGAGCCAAAGGUCAACAUGGAGAUAGUAUACAAGGUGACCGUGGAUUCCCGGGCCAACCUGGAAUGCCCGGAAUGUCCGGAAGAAUCGGAGACGUCGGUAUCCGUGGCCCUGAUGGUCCUUCUGGUUUUGAUGGAAUGAAAGGCCUGAAAGGAGAAAUUGGUUUUAUCGGACGACGUGGUGACGAUGGCGAUAUGGGACCUCAAGGAUAUCAAGGGAUGCAUGGUGCACAAGGUCUACCGGGUGCUCCAGGAGAAAAGGGUGAUGUCAGUGAGAGUGGCGAUCCGGGACCACGCGGUUGGCCUGGAUCCGAGGGUAUAGACGGAGCACCCGGUUCUAAAGGACAGGUGGGAGACGCCGGAGUUCCUGGUUUCCCAGGAGUGCCAGGCUCGCCUGGAUUCAAAGGUAUCACUGGUGAUACUGGUCUCGAAGGAUUACCGGGAAUCUCUGGCGAAAACUCCUUCAGCGGUCCUCAAGGUGACGCGGGUGAACAUGGUUUUAUGGGAGAACUUGGACCGCCCGGUCUGGCUGGAUUUGACGGGCGACCGGGUUUACCGGGAGAACCGGGAUUAGCCACUGACGGUUUCAAUGGUCUGCAAGGACAGAAAGGUGAACCUGGAUUCGACGGAUACAAUGGUAGGGAGGGACCAAAGGGAGAAAUUGGUGAUAUGGGUCCUGAUGGAUUAAAAGGCGAACAAGGUGAGCAAGGCUUCCCAGGAAGACCAGGCACGCACGGAAUACCCGGAAGAUAUGGUGCAAAAGGUGAAAGAGGCCUGGUUGGACCACCUGGAUUCGAUGGUUUGAAAGGAAAAUCAGGUCUCGAUGGUGAUCCGGGUAUAAUGGGUAGACCAGGAAUGCCGGGUGAACCAGGUGUGAGAGGAUUCCCAGGUCUUAUGGGUGCUCCUGGACCGAAAGGUCAUGUAGGUGAACCUGGUUUACCAUCUUACGCGUUCGCAGAGAAGGGUGAUUUUGGUAAUCGCGGUCACGAUGGUUUCUCUGGUGUGAAAGGACAACCAGGCGAACCAGGAUAUAUUGGCGUACCUGGUCGUAAGGGUCAAAUUGGAGACAGAGGAUAUUCAGGUCCUGACGGUUUGCCAGGAUUACCUGGUUUCCCUGGUCUGCCAGGUGAUCAAGGACUUCGCGGAGUUCCAGGAUUACCCGGUGAAUUCGCUGAACCAGGUGAACCUGGCCGCGCUGGUCUCGAUGGUAUGCCCGGUAUUCCAGGACGUGCAGGACAAAAAGGAGCUCCUGGUGAAUAUGGUCCGAACGGACCUAAGGGAAUCUCUGGUGACAUAGGUCACAGUCUUCGUGGUCCUAAAGGAAUGGUCGGAGAACCAGGUCUGCGAGGAUUCGUCGGCUUCCCGGGUGCACCAGGUUUAGAAGGAUUUCAAGGCUUCCCUGGAGUACCGGGACCGAAAGGUCUCCGUGGAGAACCGGGAAUAUCUGCAGAUAGCGCUAAAGGACAACCUGGAGAACCUGGAUGGCGUGGAUUAGAUGGUCGAACUGGACCGAAGGGAAUGAGAGGUGACUCUGGUCUACCUGGUAUUGAUGGUUUGCCAGGACAGAAAGGAGAAAGAGGAGAAACCGGUGAAACUGGCCUUCCUGGGCUGCUUGGUCCUGAAGGACCAAAGGGACCGAAAGGAGAAUUUGGCAUAAAUCCUUUCCCGCCGUUCCCGAGACGAGGAUUCCCCGGUGAUAUAGGAGUACCCGGAUUACCAGGUUUCCCUGGACUACAGGGAAUGAUAGGUGAGCCUGGCAAAGACGGUCUGCCGGGUCGACAGGGUGAGACAGGAAUGAUUGGAAUUCCUGGAUUGCAAGGACCGGAUGGUAAAGAUGGACCUCCUGGAUAUCAAGGGCCUCCCGGACCUACGGGACGACAAGGACAACAAGGUUUCCCCGGUGCACCUGGAUUACCUGCGCCAAAUGGAAUUGGUCCAAGAGAUAGAGGAUUCUACUUUGCUCGUCACUCGCAAUCCGAAAUGAUACCGGUCUGUCCAAGAAAUACCGUAAAGAUCUGGGAAGGAUUUUCGUUAUUGCACAUCAUGGGUAAUGGACGAGCUUACGCGCAGGAUCUUGGCGCUGCUGGUAGUUGCGUCAGGAAGUUCUCCACUAUGCCUUUCCUGUUCUGUAAUCUAAACAACGUGUGCGAUUAUGCCAAUCGUAAUGACUACAGUUACUGGCUUAGUACAACCGAGCCUAUGCCGAUGAUGAUGACACCAAUACCGGCUCCAGAAGUUGGUAGAUAUAUAUCGAGAUGUUCAGUGUGCGAAGCACCGACUAGGGUAAUAGCCGUUCACAGUCAAUCCAUGACAAUACCUGAGUGCCCGGGUGGCUGGGAAGAAAUCUGGGUUGGAUACAGUUUCCUCAUGCACAGAGAUGCAGGUGCGGAUGGUGGUGGUCAAUCUCUAGUCUCGCCCGGAUCCUGCUUAGAGGAAUUCCGCGUCAGACCGUUCAUUGAAUGUCGUGGCCUUGGUAGUUGUAAUUAUUUCGCUACGGCGACAUCGUACUGGCUAGCGACCAUUCAUGACGACGAAAUGUUCCGUAAACCGCUGCAACAGACGCUCAAAGCCGAUCAUACGUCCCGAGUGAGUCGCUGCACAGUGUGCCUCCGCCGAAGGGUCACCGAGGUUUUAAAGCCUUUCACGUCCAACAACGAACGAGCCCCCAAUAAUUGGGGCGUUGCUCCACCAGCACCACCACCUCGUAAUCUACCGCCUGACUACGAGUCCUCCAGAAUACCGCCUAAUCCGUGGGCUACCCAUACUCGAGGAAGAUAUUCGAACAGACGCGUACCCCAUCACCAACGCAGGAGGGGUCGCGUACGCGGCAGGCACUGGGAAUCGGCAGAGUCUUUAAACAACGUGUAGGCGAAGCAUAAAUCGCGCAUAUAUUCAGCGGCAUCAGUGACGUGCAAAGGGCGUAACAAGCCUAUGUAUAUAAAAAAGCAAGAAAAACUAUUUUAUUCUAUUAGUUAAGUUAUAUCGGCUGGAUGCCUUAGUUCGUAGACCUUGCAUUGAGUAGAAAACGCGGACGAACGUUCAAGAAUUACAUAAAGACUCGAGAUUAUGUAAACAACAUGCAGAUAGUUCAGGUCUAUUUAAGCUGUUUGGAAAAGAAAUUGUAUGAAUAAACCCCCCGGCCCCCCCCCCUUUUUAAGUCACAGACCAUUGAAAUUGAAGUAUUGGAUAUGAAACGCAACUUUGAUAAAUUUCUCGAUUUAUCAUUUCUCCCUCGGAAGUCUCAACAUGAAAGAAGAGUUGCUUGUCAAAGUGGCUGCUGUUGAAUCAAGACCUGGAUUGCUGCUUAUCUGAAAAUCCUCAUUCAGGACCCUUCUAUCGCUCUUGGGAACUCAUCGCUAUAUUCAUUCCCACCCUGUGCAGGUCUACGACCCAUUCUCCCGGCCAUCUCGUCUCUUCCUGCGCGCACGAUAAAAAGCGCCGCCGGCUGCCGUAAAGCCAUAUAACUGCCUUAUGCCAAAUAGAAAAAGAAUCUGUCGCGUCCGGCUAUCGCGAAACUGCCAAUAACGUUGCGUUUGCCGAUGCGAUUUACGGGAAUCACACUACGAUAAUUAAAUUAACAUUAUGUAUAUUGUAUUGCUAUCGUAACUAUUAUCUAUGUAUUUCGCAUUGAAUAAAGAUCCUUUUGUAUAAGCUAAUUGACGUUUUUCCGGUUAUCUUUCUUCCAUUUAUCUCGAAUUAUAAAUUUCAUA